AUGCUGCCGUCUCCCUCGACGCCGGCCGCCCAUCUUUGCGACAGAGCCAACGACCGGGCCCACGGCGACCGCGACUCGGCUUGCCCGCCGUGGACCUGCGACCGCGGCCCGUGCAGUUGGGACCAUCGCGCCGACACCGAAUCUGCCAGUGCCGGCGCCGCCGCAUCGUUUGUCGCCAGACCCCCCGGGAGGAACGUGCACCCCGAAGCCGUCCAGCAGCACAACGGCACCCGACCACACGACCACCGCCGGCACUCGGCCAGAGUUUUCGUCAUGCCCAAUGCACCCGUCGCCUCCCGUCACCAGGAAAGCGGGUGCAUUGUCCACGACGAGUCCGACUCGAGCUUGGGCGACGAUUACAGCGAGGCCCAAUGCCUGUACCACGGCGCCCCUCAGCCACAUCUUGACCAGCAACUCCCUCCGUACGAUGAUGACCUCGACAUGAGCGACAGCGAUGGCGGCGCACCACUGGACGACAUACUAGUCGCCAUGGACGUGGGCGACGGGCCGGUGCAUUCCGAGCCCGAGUUGGAAACGCAUGCGGCCGAUUUCGCUGACGACGACGACGACGCCGCCGACGCCGACGACAUGUUCGGCGCCAGCGAGGACGCCCACGACCAACCCCCAGCGCUACCCGAUUUCUACCUAAACAUGCAUAUGCCUCCGUUCCCCUACAACAUCCACCCUGAUGGUCAGCUGCCGGAUAACAUCUGGCCGUUCCCCAUACUGGACUUUGACGACGCGCCCCCGCCUGCCAUGGCAGACCCAGGGCUCGAGAACUUUCCCCCGCAGCUCAGUAACCCGAACCCAAGCAUCCUUGGAUCUACGAACCUCUGCCUGGUCGACUUUCUACGCGACUGGGUGAACCAGACUCGACUCGCGCGCCCGUCGAGGAGGAGGGCUCCGCAUCUCGCCGAAGUAUACAGGCAGGCCCACGCCGAGAUCAAGCGGGUGAUCUACGCGGGGUUGAAAGGGGAUGAAUGCGAUUUUCAAGGCCUCGAUUGGGCUGCCAUGGGGACGACCCGCGACGCUGCGAGGGUGGCGCGGCUCAACUCAUAUCGGAAUUACGUGAACCGACCAGGCUCCGACAGAUGGACCCUACCCUCCGAGUCACCCAAGAUACCAGCCAGGGACAGCUUCUUCCGAUUCAAGACGAUGGAUAUACGGCCUGACGCCAGCCUUGCGCACUUUCAGCUGCGGAGCGUGCUUGCGUGCCCAUCUCGCACGCUUGCGUUCUACCCAAGUCCGAAUGGCAUAAGCCGUCUCAACCUAAGGUCCAAAAAGACAGAUCUGAUCGUGAACACGCGAGAGUUCCCCGCCACGGGCGGCGUGAUUUCGACGCUUGACGCCAACUGUGGCGUCCUGAUGGGCGGCACCUUCAAUGGGGACUACUGCCUCAAGGCCCUAGAUUCAGAAGAGAAGAAUGCAUUCUCAGAGGGGCAAAUAUCACCUGACGGCAUCACAAACCACUUGAGGAUUCACACGUCCCGCCGGAAUGCCAGGCCAAUCGCCAGCAUCGCAAGCAACGACCGAGGUCUUCGGGUCAUGGACAUCGAGACAGAAACGUUUGUCUCUCGCAAGAUGUACCCGUUCUGCCUCAACUGCUCGGCGAACUCACCGGACCGCCGGCUGCAGGUGGUGGUGGGCGACGACCCCAACGUGCUCAUCGUCAAUGCAGACACGGGCGAAAUCCUGCAGGAGCUCACGGGCCACGGCGACUACGGCUUCGCCUGCGACUGGUCCGAUGACGGCUGGACCGUGGCGACGGGGUUCCAGGACAAGGCGAUCAAGAUCUGGGAUGCCCGAAAGUGGUGCAACUCUAGCGGCGUGAGCACUGCCCUAUGCACGAUUCGAGCCGAGAUGGCCGGGGUCCGUGGGCUGCGCUUCUCCCCGCGAGGCAGCGGGAAGCCGAUAUUGGUUGCGGCCGAGGAGGCCGACUACAUCAACUUGAUCGACGCGCAGACGUUCAGCUCUAAGCAAACGAUCGAUGUGUUCAGCGAGGUUGGCGGCAUCGACUUCACCAACGACGGCCAGGACCUCAACGUGCUCUGCUGCGAUCCCCAUCGUGGCGGUGUGUUGCAGCUUGAGCGCUGCGGAAGAGGCCCCGACGUUUCUUUGGAGAACGCCUGGCUGCGGCGGUCGACGCGAUAUCCUUGGCUUGUGGACCGAGACGAGGAGUGCGAGCUGCAACAACGAUGGUCUCGCGGCCGUGUGCCGACCCUGCUAGAAGGCCCGGAGCCGUUUUAG